UCGCGUCCCGGGCCCUCUGCCUCCCAGCGGCGGCUCGGGGCGACGCUCCUGGGACCGGGCCGCGAAGCCCCCGCCGCCGCCCCGCGCUCGCGCCCGCCCGCCCGCGCCCAACGCUCGCUCGGGGGAUGCCCUGCGGCCGCACCCUCCUCCGCCUCCUGGCGGCCCUGGUGGCCGGCGGCGCGGUCGCCUUCCUGGGCUACUGUGUUUACUUAGACCGGAAGCGGCGCGGGGACCCCGCAUUCAAGCGCCGCCUGAAGGACAAGAGAAGAGGCGAGCGGCCGGGGGCGGAGGCGCGGCCGGCACAGUUGUGGGAUCCAGCAAAGAAUGAAAAGUUGCAAGAACGUUUUUUGCAUGAGGUACAGAUGGGAGAACUUUGGUUAUCUAGAGGAGAGCACAGAAUGGGGGUUGAACACCUCAGCAAUGCCCUUUUAGCAUGUGGGCAACCACAGGAACUUCUGAAGGUUUUCAAACACACACUCCCUCCCAAGGUAUUUGAGAUGCUGUUGCACAAAAUUCCCCUUAUUUGCCAGCAAUUUGAGGCAGACAUGAAUGAACAGGAAUGCCUGGAGGAUGAUCCCGAUUGAGAAGCAUUUCAAUGUGUCCACAGUCCAGUCACGAUACUAUGGUACUACACAGUAUAAACAACUCCUCAAUGA